UGAGAGUGGUUGGUAGAACCGCUGGUUCAGCCAAUGGCUGAGUCCCAGGCAGAGCCCAGCAUAGGGGCCAGGAGGAUAUAAAGCCAGGGUGGCAGAGCCAGCCUCAGCCUAUAUGACAGGUCUAUAGGUCAGCUCUGGACCUACACAAGGAUUUAACUAAACAGAAUCAGAUGAACCAACACUAGUCUGUCAUACCAGCGCUCCAAACCCAUAGCUGCCGAUUGCUUCUGAUACUUAGACUGUCUCUAGGCCCUGACCAGAGGACUGAAGGACCUCAGUAUUCCUUUUCUGUAGUGUUUGACCUGUAGAAGCCAGUAGGUGUGAGGAGCCUGUAUUUACAGCCAGUCUGAUGGAGAAUGAUGCCUAUGACAGGAUCGGGGACGAACCCCCUAACUACGAGGAGACGUCUUUCUCCGGUGGUACCACCUCUAACGGUAAUGGGACCGGUAACGGAGAGCACCGGGCCGUCCGUCCGUCCGUGGUCAGUGCAUUUGGUCAUGACACGCUGGACCGCGUGCCCAACAUCGACUUCUACCGGAAUGCUGGGAGUGUGAGCGGUAACCGUGCGGUCCGACCGUCCCUGCAGGAGCUCCACGAUGUCUUCCAGAAGAAUGGAAGGAUCUCAGUGACGAAUACGGUGGAGGACAGAGAGGGGAGCGACGGGACGCCGUCGGACGAUGUGGAGUCUGUCAUUCCCCUGGACAACAAAGAUGGAACCGUGAGGUUCGGCUGGAUAAAGGGAGUCCUGGUGAGAUGUAUGUUGAACAUCUGGGGUGUGAUGCUGUUCAUCCGUCUGUCCUGGGUGUUUGGACAGGCCGGCUGGGGUCUGGGCAUUGUGGUCAUUGCUCUGAGCUGUGUGGUGACCACAGUCACAGGUCUCUCCAUGUCUGCUAUCUGCACCAAUGGAGUGGUACGAGGAGGAGGGGCGUACUACCUGAUAUCACGUAGUCUGGGACCAGAGUUUGGCGGUUCCAUUGGUCUCAUCUUCGCCUUCGCUAACGCUGUUGCCGUGGCGAUGUACGUGGUGGGCUUCGCAGAGACUGUGGUUGACCUACUCAAGGAAAACGAUGCCAUUAUGAUAGAUGAGCUGAAUGACAUCAGGAUCAUCGGCUGUAUCUCGGUGGUACUGCUGCUGGGGAUCUCAGUGGCCGGGAUGGAGUGGGAGGCCAAGGCCCAGAUCGGUUUGCUGAUCAUCCUCCUGGUAGCCAUCGUCAACGUCUUCGUAGGAACUGGCAUCCCAGCCUCCACCGACAAGAAGUCCAAAGGAUUCUUUAACUAUGAUGCCAAAAUAUUUAUGGAGAACUUACCGCCGGACUUCCGAGAUGGAGAGACGUUCUUCUCUGUGUUCGCCAUCUUCUUCCCUGCUGCCACGGGUAUCCUGGCCGGAGCGAACAUCUCUGGAGACCUGAAGGAUCCCCAGGAUGCUCUCCCUAAAGGAACCCUGCUGGCCAUCCUCAUCACUGGAGUCACAUACCUGGGAGUCGCCCUCUGUGUCUCUGCCACGGUGGUGCGUGAUGCAACAGGAAACAUCAACGACACCAUUGCCACAGGGAUGGACAUGUUCUGUAACGGUACCAACACUGCUGCCUGUGAGCAGGGAUGGAACUUCUCCUCCUGUGAUGUCAGCAGCUGCAAGUUUGGCUCCAUGAACAACUUCCAGGUGAUGACCAUGGUGUCAGGGUUCGGUCCUCUCAUCACAGCAGGAACCUUCUCUGCCACCCUCUCCUCCGCCCUCGCCUCCCUCGUCAGCGCACCCAAAGUCUUCCAGGCUCUGUGUAAAGACAACAUCUACACUGCACUGAAGUUCUUUGCCAAGGGACACGGCAAGAACAACGAGCCAAUCAGAGGCUACGUUCUGACUUUCAUCAUCGCUGUCGCCUUCAUAAUCAUCGCCGAUCUGAACGUCAUUGCGCCCAUCAUCUCCAACUUCUUCCUGGCAUCGUACGCCCUCAUCAACUUCUCCUGCUUCCACGCUUCAUACGCUAAGUCCCCAGGCUGGAGGCCAGCGUACAAGUACUACAACAUGUGGUUGUCUCUGUUUGGAGCGGUGCUCUGCUGUGGUGUGAUGUUUGUCAUCAACUGGUGGGCUGCUCUCCUCACCUACGCAAUCGAGAUCUUCCUAUAUGUCUACGUCACUGUCAAGAAGCCAAAUGUGAACUGGGGCUCGUCCACUCAGGCCGUGACGUUUGUCAGCGCGGUCAACAACGCUCUGUCACUGACCGGAGUAGAGGACCAUGUUAAGAACUUCCGACCUCAGUGUAUGGUGCUGACAGGAGCACCUAAGAACAGACCGGCACUCCUGGACCUGGCUCAUUGUUUCACUAAGAACUACGGACUCUGUCUCACAUGUGAAGUCUUUGUGGGCCCCAGAACAGAGACAUUGACAGAUGUGAACACUGGAAUGGAGAAGAACCAGAUGUGGCUGAAUAAGAAGAAGAGAAAAGCCUUCUAUGCUGCGGUGGCCUGUGACUCCUUCAGACAGGGAACUGAGAACCUCAUGCAGGCAUCAGGUCUGGGUCGUCUGAAACCCAACAUUCUGAUGAUGGGCUUCAAGAAGGACUGGAGGACAGCAGACACAGCUGGCGUACAGAGCUAUGUAGGAGUACUGCACGAUGCAUUUGACUUUGAGUACGGAACCGUGGUACUAAGGAUGAACCAGGGACUGGACAUCUCACACAUCAUAAAGGCUCAGGAGGAGAUGGAGAGAGAAGCCCAGGAGCAGAAGGACCUGGAGAAAGAAGAGCUGGCUGAGGAGAAUAAGGGGAAAUCCAUCUUCAGGAAGUCACGGAACUUAUCUACACAAGGCCUCACUUCCAGAGCAUCAGUGACGACCCCUCAGUCUCCCCAGGUAGUGGUGGUGAAUGAAAGGCUGGUGUCCACCAGCACUCAGUUCCAGAGGAAACAGGGCAAAGGAACCAUCGAUGUCUGGUGGAUGUUUGAUGACGGAGGUCUAACCCUACUGCUGCCCUACAUCCUGACAACCCGUAAGAAGUUCAAGGACUGUAAGAUGAGGAUCUUCAUCGCUGGCCAGCCGGGACGUGUCGAGCAGGACAGACAUGAGAUGAAGUCUCUGCUGGAGAAGUUCAGGAUCAAAUAUGCAGACAUCCACGUCAUCGACGACAUCACCCAAAACCCCAACUCUAACAGCUGGAAGAUGUUUGAGGACAUGAUUGAGCCAUUCCGUCUUCACGAGGGGUCAAAGAGCACCACUCUGGCCGAGGCUCUGAGGAAAGACAACCCCUGGAAGAUCUCUGACGCCGAGCUGGACACCUUCGAGGAAAAGACCAACCUCCAGGUCAGGCUGAAUGAACUACUGCAGGAGAACUCCCGAGCUGCCAACCUCAUCAUAGUGAGUAUGCCCAUCGCCCGUCUAGGCUCAGUCUCUGACCACCUCUACAUGGCCUGGUUGGACAUCCUCACCAAGAACCUCCCUCCCACCAUGUUGAUCAGAGGCAACCACAAGAGCGUCCUCACCUUCUACUCAUAGACCGACCCUCUCAGCAGUCCCUAGAUGGCCACAAGGGACAACCAAGGCACUUUCAUCAAUAUCCAGGAGUUAGUUGCUAUCAGUUUAAAUGAAAAGGUGAUGGUUAGAGAUCAGGUUACGGGAAAGGUUAAAGGUUAGAAAGUGAGGUUCUUCAGUCUUGUCUAGCAUGACCAAAUAGUGACGACACAACACAGACAUAUGGACUCAGGGAUAUAUGGGCACAAGGACCGGACACUGCCUGGGAUGGGUUAAUUACACUGCCUGGGAUGGGUUAAUUACACUGCCUGGGAUGGGUCCAUUACACUGCCUGGGAUGGGUCCAUUACACUGCCUGGGAUGGGUCCAUUACACUGCCUGGGAUGGGUCCAUUACACUGCCUGGGAUGGGUUAAUUACACUGCCUGGGAUGGGUCAAUUACACUGCCUGGGAUGGGUCCAUUACACUGCCUGGGAUGGGUUAAUUACACUGCCUGGGAUGGGUUAAUUACACUGCCUGGGAUGGGUCCAUUACACUGCCUGGGAUGGGUCCAUUACACUGCCUGGGAUGGGUUAAUUACACUGCCUGGGAUGGGUUAAUUACACUGUCUGGGAUGGGUCAAUUACACUGUCUGGGAUGGGUCAAUUACACUGCCUGGGAUGGGUCAAUUACACUGCCUGGGAUGGGUCAAUUACACUGCCUGGGAUGGGUCAAUUACACUGCCUGGGAUGGGUUAAUUACACUGCCUGGGAUGGGUUAAUUACACUGCCUGGGAUGGGUCAAUUACACUGCCUGGGAUGGGUCAAUUACACUGCCUGGGAUGGGUCAAUUACACUGCCUGGGAUGGGUCAAUUACACUGCCUGGGAUGGGUCAAUUACACUGCCUGGGAUGGGUUAAUUACACUGCCUGGGAUGGGUUAAUUACACUGCCUGGGAUGGGUCAAUUACACUGCCUGGGAUGGGUUAAUUACACUGCCUGGGAUGGGUUAAUUACACUGCCUGGGAUGGGUUAAUUACACUGCCUGGGAUGGGUCAAUUACACUGCCUGGGAUGGGUUAAUUACACUGCCAGUGCCUAUGCUGCAUGGAAUUGUACAUGUGGUGCAUAAUUAGGGGUCCAAACCCUAAAUCGGGCCGGAAAACUCUUAUUAUUAUAUAUAUUAAUCAUGUAACAGAUGCUCUUAUCCAGAGCAACUUACAGUUAGUGUUCUUGUUAAGGAUAUUAUUAUUCUGACAUAUUGUUAUUAUUAUUAUUCCAAUUUUAAGAGUUCGACCUAUAGUUCGACCUACAGAGACCAAACUUGGAGGGAUGGUGUAAAUUGUGACCCAAUACAUCUGGUAAAUCUUUGGUAUUUGACACAGAGUGGGACUGGGACGUUAGAUAACAGACUGGUCCCAGGCUAGUUGGAGCCCCCUGCUGGCUAUGCAUCUCAACACGGUAUACUUUUUCCUUAAAUAUACACUUGUCCACUACCCACAUAGUGGUCCUCUGUAGCACAGUUGGUAGAGCAUGGUGCUUGCAAUGCCACGAUAGUGGGUUCGAUAUCCGGGACCAUUCAUAUGUAAAACAUUUUUGGCAUGCAUGACAGUAAGUUGCUUUAGAUAUAAGUGUCUGAUAAAUGGCAUAAAUUAUAUUAUUCUAUAUUAUGAGAUUGGUGUAAGAGCAAAAGAUUGAGUCAAGACCAGAACCUGUAGUUCAUACAUACAGACUCCUCCAUAGUUCUCAACCCUGAGGCCAGCAUGGGCUAGUGCCUUCGUCUUGUACAUGCCAACCCAUGGCGGCCCAGGUUCAAAUCCCACCACUGCUGCUUUCAGAUAGACAUCCCUAGACACUGAGUUGGCGUUGUGGCUGAAUUUGAUGACUUAAAUAAGGGCAAAAUAUUUGAGAAAGAGUCAAAAGGCUUGGGCCCAGGUCAUUGCUGCUUGCAGCUAGCCUAUAUGUAUAACACUUAUUUUGGGGGAACAACAGAUGAUACACACUGAGUACACAAAACAUUAAGAACACCUGCUCUUUCCAUGACAUAGACUGACAGGUGAAUCAGGGAGAAAGCUAUGAUCCCUUAUUUAUGUCACUUGUUAAAUCCACUUCAAUCAGUGUAGAUGAAGGGGAGGAGACAGGUUAAAGAAGGAUUUUUAAGCCUUAAGACAAUUGAGACAUGGAUUGUGUAUGAGUGCCAUUCAGAGGGUGAAUGGCCAAGACAAAAUAUUUAAGUCCCUUUGAACGGGGUAUGGUAGCAGGUGUCAGGCGCACCAGUUUGUGUCAAGAACUGUAACGCUGCUGGGUUUUCCCCACUCAACAGUUUCCCAUGUGUAUCAAGAAAGGUCCACCACCCUAAGAACAUCCAGCCAACUUGACACAACUGUGGAAAGCAUUGGAGUCAACAUGGGCCAGCAUUCCUGUGGAAUGCUAAUUGAGGCUGUUCUGCGGGCAACUCAAGAAGGUGUCCUUAAUGUUUUGUACACUGUGUAUGUAGGCUAGUAUGCACAAAUAUGAUGGUGUUCUAGGAAAUGAACAUCAUAGCAAACAAAUGACCUAUGCAAAAAGUGAUCAAUAUAUAAAUAACAUUUUUUAAAUUAUAUUCAAAUGCUACUAGCAAUAUUAGUUUGAUAUCCAUUGAAAAAUACUGUAUACUACUUUGUAUAGAUGUGUAUAUUCAACACAAGUAGCUACUAGUUGAAUGUCUCGUGAAAUAAUGAAGGGAUCACUUACUACCUGCACACACACGCAAGCACACACACACAAGCACACACACACACACUGUGAUGAAAAUCUAUCAAACAAAACAGGAAAAUGUAAAUCAACUUAUGUGCUGUAUAUUUUCAAUAUAGAAAUGCUUGAUUUAUUUCUGUGUUUUAACCAUUGUCUUUUAUAAGACUCCUUAUCAUAUUUAACUGUCAUAUUUUAAUUAAUGUAUUAUGAAGAAGGAAUAAAAUGUUGAGUUACUCUUA